UGGCUGAGUCUGUUAAAUCGCUGCACUUCCCCCUUCUUUUUGUGGGAAUCCCCAAACAACGUGCUCGGCUGGGCCCAAAAUAUUUGGGAAUUUACAGACGAUCUAUCCCCAGUCCCACCACAUCGAAGCGUUGAUCAUCGAGCAAUUUGUGUUGGAGCUAUGGAUGAACUGACACCCAGCCAAGAAACUACUUUCUUGGAGCUGUGGGGCAGUAUCUCUACGCCGUCAAUCUCCACCAUGGCCACUGAUGAGGAACCCUGGCCCACUAAUUUAAAUGCCCUGGCAAAUGAUUUUGAUGAGCGUCUAUUUGAGCUUUCACAAAAUGAAAUUCCUCCCAGUAUGCCCCCCUCUGCGUCCUCUGUGCCAGAGACCUGCGACUAUCCAGGGGAAUACAAUUUUACCCUUCGGUUCCAAAAAUCAGGCACUGCUAAAAGUGUUACAUCCACGUUCUCAGAAACCUUAAACAAACUAUAUUGUCAGCUGGCAAAGACGAGCCCAGUUGAGGUUUUGGUUACAAAGGAUCCUCCAUCGGGCUCUGUGUUAAGAGCCACAGCAGUUUAUAAAAAGACAGAGCAUGUAGCUGAAGUGGUCCGUCGAUGCCCCCACCACCAAAAUGAGGAUGUGAUGGAAUAUAAAAGCCACCUCAUCCGGAUCGAAGGCAGUCAGCUGGCUCGUUAUUAUGAGGACUUCAGCACGAAGAGGCACAGUGUGACCGUCCCCUAUGAACCCCCACAGCUGGGCUCGGAGAGGACCACUAUUCUGCUGAGUUUUAUGUGCAAUAGCAGCUGCAUGGGAGGCAUGAACCGCCGUCCCAUACGCACUAUUCUUACACUGGAGACUCCAGAUGGGCUGGUCCUAGGUCGAAGGAGCUUUGAGGUGCGUGUCUGCGCAUGCCCCGGCAGAGACCGCAAGACUGAAGAGGAGAACCGGACCAAGUCUCAAACUGGCACAAAGGACACAAAAAAGCGAAAGUCUGCCCCAGCUGUGGAAGUUCCUGUUAAAAAGACAAAAUCUUCAAGUGGAGAGGAUGAUAAGGAAGUUUUCAUAUUGAAUGUUCGUGGACGCGAGCGUUAUGAGAUGCUCAAGAAAAUUAAUGAUGCUCUCGAACUGCAGGACAAAGACAAUAAAAAGAACAAAGCUAAGGUGAACGUGCCUUGUGGGAAGAAACUCAUGCUGAAAGGUUAUUGGCAAACUGUAAGCUAUUGCCUCAACAGUAUACUGACUAAGGAAAAGAUGAGUAUGAAAAACAGCCACUGCCCGAUUAUGACUUGAAUUAAUGUUGCCUUUUGUGAACACUACUGUACCAGAGUCCAAUUAUGCUGGACCAGUGGUGACAUUUUAUUGGCUUUAAAGGGGCUGUACCUUUUUGUUUGUAUUUUUUUUCCAUGUAAAUUUGUUUUGCCUCCAGUAUAGAAUUAUCAUUCACGAGCCAAUACGAAAUGCUGUUGCACUGUUGGCAUGAUAGUUGUUAGCAGUGAUGUGGCAGCAAAACUUACUUGAAAUGCUUUACCAACAAAGUGAGGAGUACAUAUGGACCACUACUAACAGUUUCAAGUGAACUUCUGUUUUUCAAAUUAAGACUGUAAAAAUCAAGUACAGCGCCUGGACUGUUUUUACACAACCAACAAAUAUACUAUGGUUGCCUAAACUGUUCUAUGCAGAAGAUGAUUGACAUGACAAUAAUCACAUUUCACUGGACAUUUUAACCACAAAAUCAAGCAUGUCUGUUUUUAAAGGAAAUUUCUCCUGCUUAUUUAGUUGUAUUUUUGUUUUUUUUAAAUCAAAAUCAUGAAAUAUGUCAUAUCCUUCAUCAUUUGUAUGAUUUAAUACGAUAGAUUGGACUUUCGAUGGGUUGGCUGGGACACCCCAUGAAAUUGUCAACAGUAUUAUUGCCUAGGGAUUAAGUAAGCUUCUGUGGCGGUUGUGGAGCUAUGUAUUGGGGGAAAAAAAGUGUCUUCAUUAAGAAAUAAUAAUAAAAGUGCUAGUCAUAACCUAAAUUCAGCCAGCCACAGACUUGAGUCUAUCCCCUUAGCACUUCACUAGUGAAACUGUCCAGCCACUAACUUCUUUAUGCUGCCAGCUGCUUUCUUUAUGCUGCCAAGUAUAUUUUAAAGGCAUUCCUUUUUAUGUAGAAUUUUAGACUUUAUUUUGGGAAGUUAGUUUUUAUAUAAGAUCUUUGGUUCUAUUUUUUUUUUUCCUUAUUACUAUUUUGUAUUAAUCCAUUUUUAUAACUGGUGCUAAAAGCCCAAUAAAGCUUCAAUGUAAACA